AAUCAGCUUACAAAAUAAUUUAUUGUCAACACUUUGGCUCUGAUGAUAAUGAAAUAAACAAUGUACUGAUGGUUAAUCUUUGCUGAGUGCUGUAUGGUUCAGUUUCACUGGCAGUUUAUCUGUAUUCACGAACAUACAAACUUAGAAAAAUGGACCGUAGUGUUGGUAACAAUCAUGGGUUCAAGUACACUGUUGGUGGAGGUGUUCUUUCCGAAGAGCAACGCCGAUUCUAUGAGGUUAAUGGAUACGUCGUAAUAAAAAAUAACGUCAGUGAAGCUCUCAUAGACGAAGUUAGUAACAGGCUUGUGGAAAUUUGCGAUGGCAAAGUUAAAGGGGGUUUAAUGAGAAUCGUGAAAGAUCCUUCAUUGAAGCAAAAAGGUGUACAAGGCAUUAAUUCAGUACAUAAGGUUCAAGAUUUCCUUUAUGAUGAUAUUCUUUUUAAAUAUGCCAGUGAUCCUGCAGUAACGGCUGUUGUUACUAGUAUUAUAGGACCUAAUAUUACUGGAACACAUUCUAUGCUUUUAAAUAAACCUCCAGAUGCCGAUCCUGGUUCUUCAUUGCAUCCGGUGCAUCAAGAUCUUCACGCUUUUCCAUUUAGGCCCGCGGACCGAAUUGUAGCCUCAUGGACUGCAAUGGAAAAAAUUGAUAGGAGCAAUGGAGGUCUUUAUGUCGUACCUGGAUCACACAAUCUGGAACUGCAACUGCAUGAUUAUUUUGAGGAUUUCAAAAAUACUUUAUAUUUUGGGGUAAAAGGCUUUGAUCACUUACCUAAAGCCUAUUUGGAAAUGGAGAAGGGGGACACCGUAUUUUUCCAUCCACUUAUUUUACAUGGCUCUGGACCUAACUUCACAAAACGAUUUAGAAAAGCAAUAUCUUGUCAUUAUGCUGAUUCCAAUUGUUCAUUUUUUGAUGUAAAAGGAACAGUGCAAGAAAACGUUGCGGUUGAAAUCAUGGAUCUUCUUUCAAAAUUUGGAUAUUCAGGCAAUUUUAUUGGAUACUGGAAAAUGAAAAGUCGUUUAAUCAAGGGACCUCCUGGAAACUUUCAAAAUUUUGAUAGCCAUUUAUAGAGUUUGUGAUAUAUUCUCUCUUUUUUCCUCACAUUAAUUAAAACUAAAUGUUUAGAACUUUGUACUGAGGUAGAUAUAGUGUAAACUUGUAGUGCUUUCUUUUUUUUUACAGGAAGUACCACAAAAUAGUAUGCCACAAGUAGCUGUGACUAUAUAUAUCGGUAGCAAUAAGAAUUUUCUAAUCUGAUUGAAAUUAAUUUCACAGUGUGAUCUAUUUGUGAAAACAACAAAAAUAGUCAGAAGGACGUUGUAAAAGGAACCAGAAAUGUUAUAUAUCCUUCAGGGUGUUUACUGUUUAAACUAGUACAGUAGAAUUGAGUUUUAGGAUUUGUGCGUAAACCAUUGUUUUUCCUUGCAAAUUAUAGGAAUUACGAAUGC